AUAAUAUAAUCCGCGACUCCCUCACCUGCACCCUGCACUUUGCCAACAACUGGGGUAUCCUGCCUAGCGCCCCUUUCCCUGGAGCUGUAAUCUUCCCGGACAUCACAGUACUGAUUCCCAGUGCGCCGCCAUAUUUACAUUAUUUCAGCCUAUCAGAUUCCUGCUCCUUGUAGCUUUAACAGGGCUUACCCGAGAAGCGAUGCUUUUAUUGGCUGACCAUUAGGGGGCGGGGAAAGUGUGCCGAUUGGUUGAAAGUCUGACGGUGAUUGGUAAGGAAGGGUUCCGGGUGGCGUGACGUCAUUGCAGCUGGAAGAGGAGAAUGACAAUGCUGGAGAGAGUGGCAUUCCUUCAGCAGCUGCCAUUGCUUUUAAAGGGAACCUCUGAUGAUGACACUCCCUGUCCUGGGUACCUGUAUGAGGAAUUUGCAAAGAUCUCAUACGAGUCUGUUGGAAGUUGUCAGUGUCUUCUGGAAUAUCUGCUGAACCGCCUGCAGACCAGCUCUUGUCAUGUAAAACUAAAGGUACUGAAAAUUCUCCUGUCUCUUUGCUUCCAUGGAUCUCCACAGUUCAUCCAAGACCUCAGACGUAAUUCUGCUUUUAUCCAGGAGGCUGCAGCAGUUAAUGGACCCCCAGACCCUCUUCAUGGUAUCAGUCUGUACAAGAAAGUUCGAGCCACAGCGCAGGAAGUUGUGGGCAACUUGUUCGCAGAUAGCAUUCCCUGUUCCUCACAUACAGUGCCAACAAAAGAAAGAUCCCAGCCAGGAAUGGGAUCUCAGGCUUCCAGUGCUCCAGCUCUACAGGGGUUCGGAUAUUCACAAGAACAGAAGAAUUUGGGUACCUCUAGGGAUGCCUUUCUUAGCGGCAUACAGCGUGCAGCGGUAGUCGUGACUCAUUCUGUGCUGCCUGGCGCAGGAUCAUCGCAGGCACAUGUAUGUGAGCAAGCAGAUGAUGCAUAUAAGCCAGUGGCCAUACCUUCCACUGAUAGACGCCCACUGCCAGGAAAGUCUCUGUCUUCAAGUGCUCACAGAGCUGGCUGUCACCGCACAGGCAUACCUGGGGGUGGCUGGGAUGAAAGUGACAGUGGAAACAGUUCCCAGGAAUCUCCCCAUGACAAGUCUCCCCACAGUCGUUCAUCUGAUGUUGGUAGUAAAUCAGGCAGUGAUGGACACUCUCGGAGCAGCCAACGAGAGAGUUUGGACAUUACAGACAGGGUGGAAUCCACUCAAUUGAGUGACUGUCAGCAAGAGGCAAGAUUGGUCCAGGAAGUAACUCAGGGGAAAAGAGUUUUUCUCACUCAGGAGGAAAGUCAGCAGUUUGUGAGAGGAUGUUCCCUGUUGAAUUGUGAAGUGGUGUUUGAGAUGUUAAACUGCUCACUAAUGGAUGACAACAACUGCGUCAAAUUGCGCUCCAUGUGUGCAGUAUCCUCCCUCAUGGCCUCUGACCUCCUCUCACAUGAACACAUGCUAGCUGUUGUGAGGAAAAACUUGCAAAAAUUAAGAGAAGGACCUCCAGGACCAGUGAAGAACAAGGCCACCAAGAUUCUGCUUCAGUUUCAAGCACUUACUCAGAAUGUUUCUGAAAGAGGAUCUUCGCACCAUGGGACUGUGGCUUCUCCCAACACACGAUGCCCCUUGGAUGUACUCACCGAUUUUAUUCCUCAUUCUGUGGGGGGUGGUUUACUGACACCACUAAGUGUACCCUCAUCACCUACUUUAAAUGUCCAGAACACUGUCUGUUCUCUACCGAAUGGGGCUGAAAACCAGAAAGAUCACAAUGGGAGCUCUGAGAAAAGUGAUCCAGUUGAAAAAACAAGGGAGCUAGAAUGUGAGGAGACUGGUAAUCACAAAAGCACAAGCAUACACGUGUCUCUGUUUGAAGGCAUGGAACUGGUAGGACCAAUACGAUGCAGUCACAAUGAAGCUACCGGAUCACAAGAACUUCCUGUUGAACUUGUAAAAGAAGAACCAUCUAAGCCGACCCUGCCCUCUGUGUUUUCAUUUCUAAACACUUGAUGCAACUUGUGACCUUCACCAGGUGGGCUUGCCCCAAGCACUGACAGAGACUGACUGACAAGCAUGAGAGCAAGAGAAUACAGAAUGUUUUCUGUGUAAAUAAAUAUCUUCAUCGGGAGUUGCACAAAGACAAAAAUCAAGUCAUGUGAUCAAUUAAAAGACCUGUAAUGGCAUUUUUUUAUAUGUAGGCCCUUGGCACAGGACAUAUUAUCCACCAGAAGAAGUGUCUGAAUAUGGCCGGCAAGUGUCUCUUACUAGAAUAGAAUUGCAUUCAUUUAAAUGACAGGUUGCAAGCCAUUUUUUAGGGGCUUUUUCCCAGUGGAGAAUAUGCACAAUGUGCCAUGGGACUUAAAGGAACAGUGACACUAAAAAGUUAUAGGUGAAAAAAUUCACUCUCCUCCAAUAACACUUCUAUUCUGGGCAAAGUUAAUUAUCUUUAAUGUUUUAUACAUAAAUAAUGCGAUAAUCCUGUGUUUUUAAAAGGGCUAUGUGGCAACAUGCACUUCCGUGCGCGCUCCAAUCUCCUGCUAGCCGACAUUAUUUUUGAAACCGGAACGCAGUUGUUCCAGCUUCUAAGAGAAUUAUCAACCUGCUCUGUUCCACCUUUGCGUCAGUGUGAUUUAUUUCACUAAAAAUUUGGAGCAGUGAAGGAAGGAGGAUGAGCGUGCUGACUUGUUGGGGUCUUCUCUGGCUGGCCUGGCUGCUGCCUUUACUAUUCGCUGCUCUUGGGUUCACAGCCCACGGGGAGAUUAGUUGCCCACAAUUAAUCUCAUUUACCGCAAGCGACUAAUCUCCUUAAAAGGCAUAAGUUGCGCUUAGUUUUCCAAAGUUGCACGAAGUUGCCUUCAGGAGGAAUAUCAGGGAAUUUAGUUGCCCUUGGUAGCGGAGACUUAACCGCAGGCGACUAAUCUCCCCAUAGGACAUAGGUCUUAUGACACUGAGGAAAUAAUACUAGCCAUACACCCUGUCUCCCCAAACUUCAAUGUGGCAUGAAUUCAAAUAAGAAGGGAGAACAUGGCAGGCUGAAAAUCCUCAGUGAACCCGGAGCAGCUAACUUUCUGUUUUAUAAAGAAAGUCGGCUAGCAUAAGAUUGGAGCCCGCAAGUAAGUGCAUGUCGCCACAUUAACCUUUUUAAAACACGGUACACAGCCGGAAGAUGCAUUUUAUCACAUGAUUUAAGUAUAACUUUAAAGAUAUUUAACUUUGUCCUGGAUGGAAGUGUUAGUGGAGGGGAGUAGAAUGGAUUUUUGACUUUUAGUGUUACUGUUUCUUUAAAGUUUGCUUAUGUACAUCCAGUACUUGCAAGUAAACUAGUUUGCAAGAGAAAAGUUUUCAUUCUAUGGUCCUGUGGUAAUCCAUGAAUGUCAUUAGACCCCUGUAUAUCUCCUAUUGUAUUCUACAUACUGUAUCUAUUAUCUGUUAUGUAAAUGUGGGCUCUAAAAGCCCAGUUUUGACUUGAAAAUCCCAGCAGCAUAUUUAUAUAAACUAUACUGAAGCCUCUGAAGCAAACACAGUUUGUUCCAGUGCAAGGUAAUAGUAAAUUGUAUUUAAUUUGUGUAUAUGUUAUCUUUGAUGUUACUGGCCCUUCAGCAUGAAUGACUGGAUUGCUUGGAAAUCAGGCCACCUUGUCUGUGAUUUGCUAUAACACACUAAAGAAAUGGGUGAAAUAACCAACGCAUAUCACAAAACAUAACUCAGGUUCUGUCAGUAGGUGGAACCCUUUAUAUUUACAUUUGCUAAUGCUAAAACAAUAACACUGAUCUAAAGUAUUAUCUACUGUACAGCGCUGCAUACAUAAGUAGCACUUUAUAAAUAAAGAUAUACA